AUGGCAACACAGAAGCUAGCCAUCUCCGUGGCCAUUUCGGCUGCGGUCCUGGUCGCCGCGCUCGCCCAGAACUCCCCGGAGGACUACGUCGGGCUCCACAACGCGGCGCGCAGUGCGGCCGGCGCGCGACCGGUGGCGUGGGACGACGAGAUGGCGCGGGAAGCAGGGAAGCGCACUGAGCGCGGCUGUGGGCUACGUAGCCCGGACGGCGCCGGCUACGUCAACGUACCCGGCCACCACAGGUAUGGCGAGAAUCUCUUCCAGUUCCAUGGCUCGCCGGAAAAGGCAUGGAACGCGGGGGAUGCUUUGGAUGCGUGGACGGCGCCGGCGGCGAGGGAGUACGUUCAGGUCGUGUGGCCGGACUCAACCAAGAUCGGCUGCGCACGUGCCAUCUGCGACCACGGUCGCGGCGUCUUCAUAAGUUGCAACUACGAGCCUGCUGGUAUGUACUAA